GAGAAAGGAUGUCAUGUGAUACAUGUAAACACCAUACAAUCUGUUAGGAUGGGAUGCAGUCAUUGACUGGAAGGAUGUUCUGUCCGGAGGAGAGAAGCAGAGAAUGGGAAUGGCACGAAUCUUCUACCACAGGCCCAAGUUUGCACUGCUGGAUGAGUGUACCAGUGCAGUCAGUAUAUAAUCGUGGAGGGAGGCAUCUUCCAGGCUGCAAAGGACGCUGGCAUCACACUACUCACCAUCUCACAUAGACCCUCUCUCUGGAGAUUCCACACUCACCUGCUUCAGUUCAAAGGGGAGUGUGACUGGAGGAUGGAGGAGCUGGACAUGGCCACGAGGCUAGGGCUGAGAGAGGAGAAGGAGAGACUCGAGGCCCAGCUGGCGGGGAUCCCUGAGAUGCAGCAGCGUCUCAAACACCUCUGCUCUGUACUAGGAGAAAGCUCAAUACAACAUCAUAGGUGACGUGAUACUAUAGCUAUUACUCAUAUAUAACAUAGGUGUAUAUAUUACGCACAGGUUAUCAUAUAGCCAUUUCUUGUGAG